AGUCUCUCCCCCGCUCCCCUCACCGAACGCGCGGCGUGCGCGGCGGUGCCGGUCCGGUGCUAAGAUGGCGUCUAUCAUGGAGGGCCCGCUGAGCAAAUGGACCAAUGUGAUGAAGGGCUGGCAGUACCGCUGGUUCGUGCUGGACUACAACGCGGGGCUGCUCUCCUACUACACGUCAAAAGACAAAAUGAUGAGAGGCUCCCGCCGAGGGUGUGUUAGACUCAGGGGAGCUGUGAUUGGUAUAGACGAUGAGGACGACAGCACCUUCACAAUAACUGUUGAUCAGAAAACCUUCCAUUUUCAGGCUCGAGAUGCAGAUGAGAGGGAGAAGUGGAUCCACGCUUUAGAGGACACCAUCCUCCGCCAUACCCUCCAACUCCAGGCAAGUUUCACUUUCAAUUUUCACUUUAGUUCUAGUAUUAGCUUUGGCUUGGAAUUUGGCUCUGGAAUUGGUGUGGAUUCAGGAUUUGUUCCCAGCGUUCAUGAUUUUGACAAGAAACUUACUGAGGCUGAUGCUUACUUACAGAUCUUGAUAGACCAGCUGAAGCUCUUUGAUGAAAAACUCCAGAACUGCAAAGAUGAUGAACAGAGAAAAAAAAUUGAAGGUCUCAAAGAAACAACCAGUAGCAUGGUAGAAUCAAUAAAACACUGCAUUGUGUUGCUACAGAUUGCUAAAAGCACCAUCAACCCCGUGGACGCUGUGUAUCAGCCCAGCCCCUUGGAGCCAUCAGGGAUCAGCACCAUGCCCUCCCAGGCUGUGACACUGCCAGAACCUGCUCAGCUGUGCAAGUCAGAGCAGAGACCCUCCUCUUUGCCAGUGGGACCUGUGGUAGCAUCACUUGGGAACCAGACUCCAACACCAAACAGUACAGGGAGUGGGCAGUCAGCACCUAGCAGCAGUCUCACCUCUCCAAGCCAUGUCAACCUGUCUCCAAAUACAGUCCCAGAUUUUUCUUACUCGAGCAGUGAGGAUGAGUUCUAUGAUGCUGAUGAGUUCUACCAGAGCAGUUCUUCCCCAAAGAGAUGCAUGGAUUCUUCAGGGUCUGCUGCAGUCCUGACUCGGAGCAGCACAGGGAGCAGCCUGAAACGUCCAGACACCACAGAGUCCCUCAAUUCUUCCAUGUCUAAUGGCACAAAUGAUGCUGAUCUCUUUGAUCCUCCCGACGAUCGAGAAGAUGAUGGGGAGGGAGAGUCGGUGGAGGAGCACAAAAGUGUCAUCAUGCAUCUCUUGUCACAAGUGAGAUUAGGCAUGGACCUCACCAAGGUGGUUCUCCCAACGUUUAUCCUGGAAAGGAGGUCGCUGUUGGAAAUGUAUGCUGACUUCUUUGCACACCCAGACUUGUUUGUCAGCAUCAGUGACCAGAAGGAUCCCAAGGAGAGGAUGGUCCAGGUGGUGAAGUGGUACCUCUCAGCUUUCCAUGCAGGAAGGAAGGGCUCAGUUGCUAAGAAGCCUUACAACCCCAUCCUGGGGGAGAUCUUCCGCUGCCACUGGGUGUUGCCUGGCACUGAGGAUGACAUGGAGCCAGUCUCUGAAGGACCAGUCCCCUGGGUCAGCAAAAGCAACGUCACCUUUGUGGCAGAGCAGGUCUCUCACCAUCCUCCAAUUUCAGCAUUUUAUGCAGAGUGCUUUAGCAAGAGGAUACAGUUCAAUGCUCACAUAUGGACCAAGUCCAAAUUCCUAGGAAUGUCUAUUGGGGUUCAUAACAUAGGGCAAGGGUGUGUUACAUGCCUAGAUCAUGAUGAACACUAUAUUUUGACUUUUCCUAAUGGCUAUGGAAGGUCUAUUCUCACUGUGCCAUGGAUAGAGCUUGGGGGGGAGUGCAGCAUCAAUUGCUCAAAGACAGGUUACAAUGCUUCCAUUGUCUUCCACACAAAACCAUUUUAUGGAGGAAAGAAGCACAGAAUUACAGCUGAAAUUUUUUCUCCAAAUGACAAGAAACCCUUCUGCUCCAUUGAAGGAGAAUGGAAUGGGGUCAUGUAUGCAAAGUACUCCACAGGGGAGAAUGCUGUCUUUAUAGAUACCAAGAAAAUGCCUACAAUAAAGAAGAAGGUAAGGAAAUUGGAGGACCAAGACGACUUUGAGUCUCGCUGCCUAUGGAAGGAUGUCACCUACAACCUGAAGAUCAGAGACAUCGACGCAGCCACGGCGGCCAAGCACGCGCUUGAGGAGCGGCAGAGAGCCGAGGCCAGGGCCAGGAAGGAGAACGAGACCUCCUGGGAAACGAGGUUAUUCCACGAGGACGGGGAGUGCUGGGUGUACGACGAGCCGCUGCUGAAGCGCCUCGCUGCCAGCAAGCACUGAGGGGUGAGCCUGGCCUGGCCUGGGCUGGCAGGGCUGG